UUCCCCAAGCCCUCUGUCCGUCUCCUCUGGUAGGUUCCACAAUGGUACAGGCAGCCUCCCGCUGCACAAUGGUUUCCAGGCAGUGAAAGAGGGUGAUUCAGCAAGCCACUCUUCCUCUUCUCUUUAAAGCCUCCCCAUCUCCUUUCAUUUUUAUGGGGGUGGGUGGCGCUUCUUAUAUGCUUACCCCUUUCUUUUCUUUUUUCAUUUUUACAAAUUUCUUUUUUCCUCCUCACCCCUCAAUUCCUAGGGGCUUGAGUGAGUUAAAGGUUGGGUCUUCUUGGAAAUCACCUAUCAUUUUUAAAUAACCUCUCCAUCUCCAAAUAAUCUCUCCAUAUUCCUGUGUGGAAUGUGGUUCAUGAAAACCCAGUAGAGGGAUUUCUGGGGAAAACUGCUGGAUCAGGAUCCUAGUUCUCAGACACGGAAUGGCUAGUGUGAGUGACGUCACCUGCAGGACCAUCUUGAACCUUGGUUGUGGCAACACAUGCAGGAAGCUGUUGAAUUAGACCCAUUUCUGUAGAUGAGAAACUACACAAGCAGUGGAAGAAUAUUGUUCUUUGCUGAAGUUCUUGGCUUAGCUGCUGAGAGGCUUCACCUGGACGCUGAGUGAAGGACUGCUUUCCCUGUCUACAUACCCUUGACUUACCUGCUUUUCUGCUUUGACUCAGUUUUAAUAUAUCCAUGUGCAAUGCACCCGCAUGCUCCCUAUGUACUUUGGUAUUUAUGAGCCUCAAUUUCUUAUACUACUGCAGUGAACCAACCUUGGAUGUGAAACUUGCCUUUUGUCAGGGAUUCGAUAAACAAGUGGAUGUGUCACACAUUGCCAAACAGUACAACAUGAGCAAAAGCAAAGUGGAUAAUCAGUUCUACAGCGUAGAAGUGGGAGACUCAACCUUCACCGUUCUCAAGCGCUAUCAGAACCUGAAGCCAAUUGGCUCUGGGGCUCAGGGAAUAGUUUGUGCUGCAUAUGAUGCUGUCCUUGACAGAAAUGUGGCCAUUAAGAAGCUCAGCAGACCCUUUCAGAACCAAACUCAUGCCAAGAGAGCUUACCGGGAGCUGGUCCUCAUGAAGUGUGUGAACCAUAAAAACAUUAUUAGUUUAUUAAAUGUUUUCACACCCCAGAAAACGCUGGAGGAAUUCCAAGAUGUUUAUUUAGUAAUGGAACUGAUGGAUGCCAACUUGUGUCAGGUGAUUCAAAUGGAACUAGACCAUGAACGGAUGUCUUACUUGCUGUAUCAAAUGUUGUGUGGCAUCAAGCAUCUUCACUCAGCAGGAAUUAUUCACAGGGAUUUAAAACCAAGUAAUAUUGUAGUCAAGUCUGAUUGCACAUUGAAAAUCCUUGACUUUGGACUGGCCAGGACAGCAGGCACAAGCUUCAUGAUGACUCCGUAUGUGGUGACACGAUAUUACAGAGCCCCCGAGGUCAUCCUGGGAAUGGGCUACAAGGAGAACGUGGAUAUAUGGUCUGUGGGAUGCAUUAUGGGAGAAAUGGUUCGCCACAAAAUCCUCUUUCCCGGAAGGGACUAUAUUGACCAGUGGAACAAAGUAAUUGAGCAACUAGGAACACCUUGUCCAGAAUUCAUGAAGAAAUUGCAACCCACAGUAAGAAACUACGUGGAGAAUCGGCCCAAGUAUGCAGGACUCACCUUCCCCAAGCUCUUUCCAGACUCCCUCUUCCCAGCGGACUCUGAGCACAAUAAACUUAAAGCCAGCCAAGCCAGGGAUUUAUUGUCAAAGAUGCUAGUGAUUGACCCAGCAAAGAGGAUAUCAGUGGAUGAUGCCUUACAGCAUCCAUACAUCAACGUCUGGUACGACCCAGCUGAAGUGGAGGCGCCUCCGCCUCAGAUAUAUGAUAAACAGCUGGAUGAAAGAGAACACACCAUUGAAGAAUGGAAAGAACUUAUCUACAAGGAAGUAAUGAAUUCAGAAGAAAAGACUAAAAAUGGCGUAGUAAAAGGACAGCCUUCUCCUUCAGCACAGGUGCAGCAGUGAACAGCAGUGAGAGUCUCCCUCCAUCCUCGUCUGUCAAUGACAUCUCUUCUAUGUCCACCGACCAGACCCUGGCAUCUGACACUGACAGCAGCCUGGAAGCCUCAGCGGGACCGCUGGGUUGUUGCAGGUGACUAGCCGCCUGCCUGCGAAACCCAGCGUUCUUCAGGAGAUGAUGUGAUAGAACACACACGCACACAUGCACAUGCACACAUACAGUACACAGAGCACACACAAAGAGACACACACACGUGCACAAAUGCAGACACGCAAUGUCAAGAAAAUAGCAAGAGAGAGAAUCCAACCUAAAAUUGAGAUAAAUCUUCCUGCCUGCUUCUUCUCCAAACUUCUGUACUGCAGCUGAGCUGAAAUGUAUAUUUAACUUCUAGUUGCUCUUGCUUUGGUCUCCUCCCAACAAUGCUUACUACAAAAAACAAAUCAAACACAAUUAGAGAAGCCUUUUCCAUAGGUGUAAUUUAAAUGGCUGCAAAACCAGCAACCUGUAACUGCCCUUUCAAAUGGCAUGACAAGGUGUGCAGUGGCCCCAUCCAGCAUGUGUGUGUCUCUAUCUCGCAUCUACCUGCUCCUUUUGGCCUAGUCAGAUGGAUGUAGAUACAGAUCCGCAUGUGUCUGUAUUCACACAGCACUACUUACUUAGAGAUGCUCCUGUCAGUGUCCUCGGGGCUCUACCAAGACACCAUGCAUUGGGGUACCACAUGGUCCAUUUCAUGUGAUCUAUUACUCUGACAUAAACCUAUCUGUAAUAUAUUGCCAGUAUAUAAGCUGUUUAGUUUGUUAAUUGAUUAAGCUGUAUGUCUUAUAAGAAAAUAUGUAAAUGGGGAAAAUAUGGGGGAGUGAGCUCUUGGACCCUUGAAGAUGUAGCUUCCAAAUUUGAACUGAUUAAAUGGCACCUGUAUACCAAUUUGUAGAAAGAACAUAUGUGAUGCUUACAUACAGUGUGUGUGGUGGGGGGAGGUAGCAAUAGGUUUCAGACACUCAGUAGUUUGGUCUUCAGAAAGAAUGUGUGGGUAAAAGCUGGGGGUGUUUUCUCUGACAAUGAAGAGGUAGCAGAGAGUAGAGCACAUGCCUGCAGUGUGGAGUGAGACCAAAAGGAAAUCACCAGCUAGAUACUUGGAGACAUCUGUAUCCAUGCUUUAAAGAUUAGACGCAUUUGUCAUUUCCAAAUUACAUGUCAAGAGAGUAAGGUGCUGGAGAGAAGGGCAGGUGUUAGGCAGAUCAUUGUGCACACAUUCAGUGGUUAAAAACCUUUACCUGAAACAGAGUGGCAUUGCCUCCAUAUGAUUGAUCUCUUUCAAGAAGUUGAGCCUGCCUAGACCCAUUUCAGAUUGUGGGGUUUGUUUUAAUGUAUGGACUGCUUCCCAAGCACAUACCCUACCAAAAUUUUAUUACCUCUUCUGGUAAUAAAUUAUGUUAAACUAAUUAACAUAAAUCCCCAAAGCACAAGAUAGCAUUUAAAAGCAUCUCUAUGGGCAUUACUGUCUCUCAGGAAUUUCCCUGAUUUCUAAUAUGAAUGAUCUUUCCUGUUUAUUGAUUUAUUUUCAUAAAUGUGAAUAAUCUGAGAAGGGCUGACCAUCUGAACGUUGAACUGCAGAAGAGAGGAGAGCAAUAAAGCUGCCCAUCAUUGCUGCUUCUAACUAGCACGAGCAAUGUGAGUUCCUCCAAAAGCCAUGAAACAUUAGUGUGUUUUAGCAAAAUCAUCUGAAAUUAGCUUAAAUCCACAGAAGGUGCUGCCUCAGACCUUAAGGAGGCAUGGUGAAACAUCUCGGUUAUCUACGAGGCAACACAGUAUGACCUCUAAGCAAUAACAGACGUCAGGCCUGUCUUCCCUUCUUACUUCCGGGGGUGAAGUAUCCACCACAACUAUCUGCACUCUGGCCAUUUCGGUGCUUACCCUGUGGUGAUAUUUCACCUGAAGAAGAAGUGAAACACAUGAGUGAAUGAGUGUGAUCGGCCUGGCAAGUGGAAAUCCUUCAGAAAUGGAAAAGAUAGCAAUGCCAGAGCUCUGAAACUGCCUUAAAUACAAUUCCAGGGAAACUCUGUCUCCUUUCAAGCAAUAGAGUCAAUAGGGAGCUGCUCCCCCACCACCAUCAUGCCACAUUGGGGCCAUUCCUGAGAUUGUUUUGCACGGCAUGGUUUCUUGCAGGAUAUGGUGUUUGAAAAUGGAGACAGCAGUCUUAGAGAGGGCAGCUCAUCCACCAGAGUAAGAAUAGCACAGUCUGUGUGUUGCUUCCAUUCUUUUUGGUUAAGGUUGCAGACAAGCUGAUUUUAUUAAUGCCUGCUUGUUCUCAUGCUUUCUGUCACUUUUCUUUCUGUCAUCUUUUCCUCCCUCAUCUAUAUCCCUUUUUUUCUCUCUUUGUAUUUUGCUCCUAUAUCUGUGGCCUCCACACUCCCCUGGUCUGUAUCACACAAGAUUAAGUGCAGAGAGCAGACAACUGCUUGAAAGAAAUAAGUCUGGAGAGGAAUUUCAUCAGUAACAAGAUGAGAACAAAAGACAGGAGUUACUCCAACAGCCUGUUAGAUGUGCUGAACACUUAGACUAUCUCUCAUUCUGCAGAAGUGCUGGUUCUUUUAAGAUGAAAGCAGGGAGGAAUGAGAUCAUUCCCCCUCCUUCUCCUGCAGGCUUUCCUAAGUGCCACAAAUCCAUCUCCUGUCACACACCACGGGACUGCCUGGAACUUUUAGCCAGAAAUUCCCUAUCAACAGACAAAAGAUGAAACAAAUUUCUUGGAUUUUAAAUUUUAUUCAUUUAUUUUUAAAAUGUUACGUGUUUGAGUGUUUUGCCUGCAUGUAUGUAAGUGCAUCUGUGCAUGUAAUGCCUAUGGAGGCCAGAAGACGGCAUCAGAUUCUCUAACCUGGAGUUGUUUGUUGCCAUGUCAGUGCUGGGAAUCAAACAUUGGUCUCCUGCAAGAGCAGCCAAUGCUCUUAACCACUGAGCCAUCUCUCUAGCCCCUCCCUUGGAUUUUAAAUAGCACUUACAAUUAGAGAUGAGAAUUUGGUCUCUGGUUUCAUGUGGGCCUGAUUUUGCUAGGUGAUCAAAGGACAGAUUGGAGACGGAACAAGAAGAUCACCACUUUAGAAGUUCCCCCUUCACGUCCCCAAAUCCUAUUUUUAGGGGGUGGUUGUGUUGUGGUAAAAUUCAUAGUCUGUAUUAUGUUCUUCAUUGGAUCUUCUUUUCUUAGAAAGAAACACACACACACACACACACACACACACACACACACCAAGGAUUUCUUUUAUGUGGCCAGUACUUCCAAAGGGUGCAUUUACUUUGGGGGCAGGGAACUGUUAUGUGACCUGGACUAUGUUUCUGGAAGAAGUAAAGGCCCCGCAUGUGGUUGGGCUUACUUUGUAAUAGAAAGUUGGCACUCUAAGGACCUGUGUCUUCUGUCACUUCUACAGGCAACUGAUUAUACAGUGGUCCUUAAAGUAUUCUGUGAUAUUCUGUAGAAAAGAUGGGUAUGUACCCCCGUGUAGGAAGAAUUAAAUUUCUAUUACUUUAGCUAUUUCUUUGAUAUUUUGGAAUGAGUUUGGUGAGUCAAUAUACUCAUUUUAUCAUUGCCCUUAUAAUACAAUUGCUUCUUGUACACUAAAACACUGAAAAUAAUAUUUAAUCCUUCAGAAUCUAAUGACAGAGCUUCAUGGGAAUUCCACAGCUAAGACAGUACCUAGCCACAUCCUAGCCAUUAGAGAAAACUUUUCCAAUUGAUGGCUGAGGAGUAGGAAAGUUUCUCUCAGUCUGUUAUCACUAUCAGAAAAAAAAAAAUAUCUAACCAUACUGAUAACAGCUGACCAGCAAAUUAGAGAAUUGGCCUUGAAAAUAUAAAACUAAUAGAAGGCAUGAGAAUGCAUAAAUCCUUUCAUGAUCUGUCAGGGGAAAAGAUUAAUAAAACUUAUUUUAUAAAUUUUAAAUAUUCAUUGCAGAAACUAGGUUAUACAAAAUGUAUUUGUUUCAUUUUCUUACCAUACAAGAAUUUACAUCUAAAAAAUACUGUGCUGUGUAAAGAGUAUUAUCAGCUGGCUUUGCUGAAAAAGGUAUCUUUUAUAUUUCAGAGAGUAGAGGAAAUUUGCUCUGGGAAUUUUUGAUCCCAGCUUCUUUGGGUCUGAAGAAAUUAUUUUCUUCCCUGAACAUCCUCCCCUGUGCAUGUAGCCACACACAUUUUUAAUUAUAAGAAGACAACGAUUUCCACACGUAUCAUUAAAUAAGGCAGUCUGUAAAAACAAACUAAGAAGUUACAAUGUAAAUAAUCAAAUCAGUUCUUUUCCUUGCGAUUAAAAUAUAAGAUUUCAUUAUUUCUUUUACACCAGAUGGUUCUUUAACUGUCUGCUCACUUUGAUUCAUUUCUUUGGUUAGUCAGACUGAACUGGAAGGCUUCUUUUAUACAUGGACUCCAUUAUAUACAACUUUUGGUCAUGUGGGACCAAUGGCCAGUAUCCUAGUAGAAAUACAUCUCCCAGCCCUACUCUACCAUCAUCUGUCCACCUUGCCAUGUCCAUCUUGCAGUGACACCUAAUUUGCAUCUGCCUGUUGCUCUGCAUGAUUGGGUUCCAAAGACUAUUACUGAUGAAGAGAACUGUCCUGUGUCAGUGUUUAUAAAGUGUACCUAAAGCACACACAUUCACACAUGUUCACACACACCCUUACUGUUCUAUAUCAGCCCUGGAAGCAAAAACCCUAUGUGUCCAGUUUCUUUGCAAAGUCUCAGAGGUGAGACCUACAGUCAGCCAUCUUGAUGGAAAAAAUACAUGCCCACUGAUGUCUAAUGUGGACUGGAAGUCAUUCAAACCAUUUCUGUGUUCUCUCCCAUAUUCUUCUAUUUCAGUUUUUCUCUUGUUUCAAAAUGUCUAUGGAACAGAGGAUGAAUCAGAGAACUUUAGCUUCUUUUGACUCUUUACAGGUGGAUACCAAGUCAAUAUAUUGUGAUUUGUAUGUCUUAUAAACUAUUAAAACUGAAGGGAAUAUGUUUCCCUUCACAUAAAACCAAA